UGAAUAAUGCUUCAACUCAAUUGAAUUCAGUAUCAUGUGGUUAGUGAGGAUCACAACGCUAUGCUGUAUGCAGCUCGCAAUCGUCGCCAACAAAGAAAACGAAAUAUGCCCGCAGAAUCAUGGAAAUCACUCAACCGAAAGCGUCGUAGCGUUGGUUCUAGCUCGGGGUGGCUCCCGUGGUAUCCCUCUGAAAAACCUAGCCGAAAUCGACGGUUCAUCCCUGCUGGCUCGAACGCUCCGAAUCCUGCUGGAUUUGAACCGGUUCCACUCGGUUUGGGUUUCCACCGAGGAUGAUCGCAUUGCCGGUGCGGUGGAGCGGGACUUUCCGGGCGAUAAAGUUCGGGUACACCAUCGACCGGUGGAAGCGGCCCAGGAUCAUACCAGUUCCCUCGAAUCGGUACGGGAGUUUGUGGACCGGCAUCCAUGGGUGGAGAACGUUGCCCUGGUGCAGUGCACUUCUCCGUUUUUGCGGUUGGACUACUUGCAGGAAGCUCUGGAUCGAUUCCAGUCGGGAAGGGUGGAUUGCGUUUUCAGUGCCACAAGGAGUUUCAAAUUGCGGUGGAAGCGAGCGGACAAUGGAAGGACGAUUCCGUUGAACUUUGAUCCGGGGAAGCGUCCUCGUCGGCAAGACUGGGAAGGGGAGUUGGUGGAAACUGGAAUGUUCUAUUUUGCCCGGAAGCGUCUUCUUUUGGGUGGUCAUUUCCAGAAUGAGAACUGUGAGGUGGUUGUCAUCGACGAUAAGGAUUCCUUGGAGAUUGAUUCGUUCUACGACCUUGAACUAGCUAGGAAAAUUAUAGGCACUUAAGGUGAAGAAACUAG